AGUGUAGUACUACUAGAGGGCGAUAGCGAGCCAGGCACAGAAACCUCACCGAACAGGAAGAGAAGAAACUAAAGCUGUUCCACAUCAGCACAUCCGCCUCGCAACGGCACAACGAAAACAUCGCACAUAUACACAAAAUGGAGGCGAAGGCGGGUGACCCUUUCGACAGUGGGGCAGAGGAGCUUCCUGCAGCACGAAUGCUCAGCAGACUCUUUCCUAAAGGCUUUUCCGGGAAUGUGGCAAAGGACUGGCUGGACCGUCGACGGAAGUCUAUUAGGCCCUGGGCCAGCUUUGUGGAUCAGCGCAAGUUUUCCAAACCAAAGAACUUCGGUGAACUGUGCCAGCGUGUUCUGCGAAACCUGGACACAUUCCACAGCAACUACACCUUCAUCUUCCUCGGGCUCAUCCUCUACUGCAUUAUCAGCUCGCCCAUGCUGCUGAUCGCUUUGGCUGUAUUUGUUGGUGCCUUUUACAUCAUCCACCUGAAGUCACUGGAAUCCAAGCUGGUUGUUUUCGGUCGGGAGUUGACUCAGGGUCACCAGUUGGGACUGGCCGGAGCUGUGUCUUUACCCGUGUUCUGGCUUGCAGGUGCUGGAACAGCGGUUUUCUGGGUACUGGGAGCUACGCUGGCUGUGAUCGGUUCGCACGCUGCCUUCCGUGAACUGGAGCAAUCCGACAUGGAGGAGCUCCUGAUGGAGCCUGUCUAACUCCUCAGCACAUUGACCAUUGAGCUUUUUAUUUAUCCAAAUGUCUCGAGCGCACAUCGUUACUGCUUUCUACUAGGUUGUGCCGAGCGAACGUAAUAUUUAAUCGCUGAUUUAUAGAUAAACCGUUAUUCAGGAAUCGUUUCCGUUACAGAUCCGAUUCUUCAGCUUCAGAUAAAUGACGUCCAGCAAAUAGAUUUUUAAGUGCAGACUGACGCUGACUCACUGACAGAAUAAGUACACCUUCGUGGGUCUGCAGCGGAUGCUCCGCUCUAUCUGUUACAUAUGGAAGGACUGCAUGUGAAUCAUGCAUUAAAAAUAAACUAAUAGAAAUAAUGGAACAAAUCAACGCUGGAACAUUGCAGGGAAAAAAAAGGGGGUGUGUGUUUUCGGGUUUUUUUCUUAAUGGUACUUCCUCAAACUCUGCUUUAGGAAUAGGAUUGGAAAAUUAUUCAGGAGUGUUUUAGGGGUUUUGUGAAAAUAUGCCCCCCCCCCCC